CAAGUCAAAAUAAUAAUGGAGCUCAUCGGAUGCAGUUACAAAGGAGACACAAAAAAUGGCAGGAUGGAUGGAAAAGGAGAGUACACUUUUCCCACAGAGACCAAGUAUGAGGGAGAGAUGAAAGAUGGGAUGUUCCACGGUAAAGGACGGCUACACUUUUCAAAUGGAAGUAAAUACGAGGCCACCUGGGAAAACGGCAUAGCUAAACAGGGGUCGUUUACCUUUGCUGAUGGUCUGCAGUACCAGGAGAAGAACUGGGACUACUGUGAUGGUUAUGACAGGUGCUUCUACAGUGAGAGGUGCAAUGGACUCAGACCUGCAGGAGAAUCUCAGCUAACUGACCUGCAUCCGUCGCACAUCAUUCCUGAAGGAUGCUAUGAUUGCGGAGAUGGUUUCUAUGACCCCAAAACCAGAGUCGUCAGUUUCUACACUGGCGGAUUCCUCAGGAAUGCAGAUGACUCGGAACAUGAGUGGAUUGUGCGGACUUGUCGGAAAGCUUGGGAUGAGGCUGUUGGCACUGAUCCUGAAAAGUCUGUUACAACCAUUCCUGAAGAGAGCAGCAAUAUCAACUGAUGUAUUAAAACAAAGCUCAACUUUUUAUAUGUAUCUAUAGCUUAUUAAACUAUAGGAAAUUA